AUGCCCUCAUUCUCCACCGGUAGUCCCCUCCACAUUGAUCUAAGCCAUCAUCACCAUACUAACAACCAACAAGCGCAUAAAGCGGAUAUGGAAGAUCUGGAGAGUAGCAGCGAUGUGGAGAAUGCGUUGAUCAAUGGCGCCGAGCAUCGCACCGAGCAAUUAAAUUCAUCUUCUUCUUCGAAUAUAGGGAGGAGAGGCGUCCACUGUGUGUCCAACUCCCUUCGAUCCAUACUUUUCCUCUUCCGACUCCUCGCUAUCUUCCCGACGUCCACCGACCGUACGCCACGAAGAAAAAGGAGUCAUAAGUGGAUUCUGAAAUGGGUACUGUACCUCAACUAUAUCGCCCUGGCGGUGCUCCUCAACUCGUUUUUGAUCAAGAUGAAUUUUCGGGUUCUUAUGUUGUAUAAGCACAAAUUCGGGCUAAUGCAUACGGGAACAGUGUCAUCUAUGAUAACAGCGACGAAGCCGGUCAUCAAUGUGUUUGUGAUUGUACUAUCGGCGAUUAAGUUCAAGUCACAUCAGAGAUUGUUGAAGACAAUCGACAUGGUGGAUGUGUGCUUCAGAAGUGCGUUCGGCGUCUCCCCACCGCUUCGAAUCUACAAAUUUGUAUUCUUCUUCACUCUGCUCAUCGUCUUCUCCUCAGCCCUCAUCCUCAAAAUAGUGGAAUUCGUUGGCACGGAACAAGUCUUUGGAGAGCACAUCCUUACGGAUAGCAGUUUUAUAUUGGUGCCCGUGUUGAGCUUGUGGAAUAUCAUUCCUCUGCUUUACUACCACUUGUACAACGUGUUGGUUCGAUUCUACUGCAGAACCUUGAUUAAAUCUAUGAAUCGGGAGCAUAAAAAACGACAUUUUAGUCUGAAAUUUUAUUAUGAGCAAUUCACGAGAAUCACAAAUGUACAAGAAGCAGUUGGCGAUGUCUUCAACCCGCUACUCCUAUUUUCCCUGGCAUGGAGUCUUCUGGUAUUGUGCCUCACUAUUUAUUUCUUGUCGGAACCUACUUCUACGUUACUAGUGCCAAUCACCCCGGAACAAGUCCACAAUCAAAAAAUCCGAGAAAAAUUGAAUAUCACUGUGCAUGUGUCGAUUUGUUGGGCGGCGUAUCAAGUGAUUAUGGCGGUUCUUCAUAUUCUGAUUAUUUGUUCGACAGGGAUGAUGACUAAUGAGACGACCCGCCAAAUCGUCAACGCCGUGCUCCGUAUCGUCCCCGACGCCAACGCCGAUCUUGACCGCUUUCAAAUCUCCUGCUUCGUCCACAAAAUGACCACUCAAUUUAUGUGGGGAAUGACGGUGUGGAGAGCGUUUCCACUGGAACGCACCACUUUCUUUACGCUUAUUUCGGUUAUUGUGACCUACUCCUUGUUGCUAUUCCGAUUCAAGGACGAUAUGGUACAGAAUCCGCCGUAUAUGGCGGCGAUGGCUGUGUUUAAUCAGACGACGUCGACGAUUGCGCCGGCGGCUAGUGGAUAA